GCUUCACAGUGGUCUUCUGCUUCUUCGAGUCGUGCUGAGGGUCUUCGGCGGGACGAGCGGCCAUUUCGUUGAUGUGAAGGAGAGAGAAUGUGUGGUGGAAGUGUUCAGAUAUCCCAUGAUGAGGACACAGGUCAUUAGGUAGACGCGAUUGGGGCAUGGUACGCGCGGGCGAACCUCUCCGACGUCACAGGGCGAGGCUGUCCGCUCCAGCUCUUUAUUCCAUCCGCCCUCUAUGUGGUUCUGCGAGCCCGCUGGCGGCAUGGCAGUUCAUUGCGCGCCUGCCGUCCGUCAAUUCCGUCAAUCGACCGCGACCCCGUGUGGCCUGGGGAGGUCUUGGUUCUCACUGUUCACUCUUGCUCUGCCAGCUGCCAGGAACAGGCCUGCUACGCUUGCCGGCUGCGAUAGCUGCGAUCAGGUGUGUAGGUAGAAUAGCACUCGUCUUCCGUUAAUCUGUUGACAUGCGUCGGCUACGUAUGAUCAUGCUCGCAGUAACCGCAGGAAGAGUCGUCUGAAAACUCACAAUCGUUUCUA